UCAAGCAGAGACUUUCAACAUUCUCGGGUUGUGUGUUUGUGGAAAAAUGUGUAAGCAGAUACUGCCUUAAUGUUCAGGAUUCUAGAAAAAAAUUCAAACAUGUUUUUUGUCCCAUUCUGUGUCUUGCUGUGAAAGAGCAAACCCAUCAGCCAAUAAUUUAACACUGCCAGUAAAAGCAAUAAGCCCUGAGGACAGGAGGUGGGAAAUGUCUGAUUCAUUGACAGUUCCUGUCGUUGUUGCUAUGGAAACAAUUUGUUCCUGUUAAACUAAAACCCUGGAGGUGUGUUUCCUCAGUGUGCUGAUACUUUAUUAUUUGAUGAGAGAAGCCACAUUGUAAAUGUUAAUCAUUCUACAGAAUGAACUUGUGUGCACAAACUCAACAUUCAUUCAGUAUUUCUGAUUUAUAAUCUUUAAUUUAUAUGACCUUUCAUGUAGCUGAGACUGACAUGCCUAAUUAGACGUGUAGCCUUGCUGUCAGAUGUCCCAUCACCUUUAUCUCUUGUCAUUUAGGAAAUUGUUGCCAGUGGUCACAGAAUGCGUCAUACUUUGCUUUUUCUCUCCUCUGCAGUUCUUAAGAAACUCUGCCUCCAAAACAUCAGUGGACCCGUUUUUAUCCAUUGAAGAUCAACUUCCCUGACAAAAAACCCUCAUACAUAUCUGACAACAAAUGAGGCCACCAACUAAGAAAAUAUAUCUAUUUUUUAUUUUAACACAUUUCUCAGGAAUCCUUGAGUGCUGAGCAGAUUAAAUGGACACCUCCAAAGCUCCUCAGAUAACACUGGACAGGGCUUGUGUCCUGGAGGAACCAGAAUGUGAGGAAGAUGCGGAUUUGCCGGCAGAUGACCAUCUCAUGAGCCUGAAAGCCUUGACUGAGAAGUUAAGACUGGAGACCAGGAGACCUUCUUACCUAGAGUGGAAGGCCCGGCUUGAGGCAGAAAGCAGUGAGGCAGAAAAUGGAAAAGGCCUGAGCGUAGUUGAGAUUGAAAAGGAAGUGGUCACUCCCAAAGAGGCUGUUGUGAACUCUGAUGGGAUUCAGUGCAAGUUGCCAUCAGGUGUGCUGAAGGGAUUUGGAAACAUCGAUGAAGCUCUCAGUUGGCUGAGGAGAGAACUGACAGACAUGCGUCUGCAGGACCAGCAGCUGGCGAGGCAGCUCAUGCGGCUCCGGAACGACAUCAACAAGCUGAAGAUAGAGCAGACGUGCCACCUGCAUCGCCGGAUGCUCAAUGAUGCUACCUUUGGCCUUGAGGAGCGCGACGAGCUGUCUGAUCUGCUGUACGAAUGUCCGGUCACCCCAGGGCUCGGCCUCUCCGCCCCACUGAGACUCAUUGGUGUUACAAAGAUGAACAUUAACUCUCGCCGUUUCUCACUCUGCUAGAGGCAGUGAUAUGACUUCAUGCAGGGAAUAUUCAUAUCAAAACAGCCUGCCUAAUAUUAUCUUUGCUGGGGUUCGAUAGCGUUAAAGUCCUUUGUGUAUUUCAGGCUUUUACACAACACUGUAAGAAUGAACUAAAUGAUAAAACACAGAUUUACAGUGUAAUUGUAGAUAAUUCAGAAAGAAGAUUUUGAGUGAAGUAGGAACAUUUAUAGUAAACUAUAGACGCCAGCUACUUUCAGAAACCUAUCUGUCUUGACCAUCAGGCCAUCAUGACUUCCAACAAAGUACUUGCAGUUCCACUCGCAGUAAAAACUUUUCAACAAAUAUUAAGCUUGUUUUUAUUAACUUUUUCAACAUUUCAGUCAAAUAAUUAUAUUUUAUAUUACUAUAUAUAUGGUGGUGGUUUGCCGGGGCUUUUGUAUCUACAAACAAGAUCCAUCACUCACAACAUAGAUAUUUAAAUUGAUUUUACUACACACUAUACUAUAUGAUUCAAGGACAUCCUUGUACUUAACCUUUAUUGUUUUGUGUUUUAAAAAAGCCUUAAUAUUGGGGCUGCUGGUAGCCUAGAGGUCAAUGCGCGGACCCCUUUUGCAGAGGCUGUAGUCUUCCAAGCAGGCAGCCCAGGUUCAAAUCCGACCUGUGGCUCCUUUCCAGAUGUCAUUCCCCACUCUCUCUCUCUCUCCCUGAUUUCUAACUCUAUCCACUGUCCUGUCUCUAAAAAAAAGGCAAAAAGAUUUCGUUUUAGAAUGAAGUAGUAGUAUCAGUUUUUCAAAUCAAUGAACAAUUCUUUAAAAUGCCUGCACUAGUUUGAUUAAAUUCCUGUUCUGAAGCUUGCCUUUACAUUUAAGGGUAUAUUUAGGUUUUGGUUGUAGCUUUGUACAUUUUAUGCUCCAAUUGUUAUGUCCCAGCCUGAGAGUACCCAUUUGAGAUGACAUUGUCUGUUUGAAACCAAAACAAGGUGAAGUUUCCUGAAUAAACAUCAUUAUCAUUCAUCUAGAUCUCUGUCUGUACAGAGUGACAUGAUUAUGUGGACCUUGUUAGGCGUGUUCUGUUAUGCAGGCAGUUAUAAUGGUCUUUACCAUAAAAGGUAACCUUUUUUGUACUUACUUAUUUUCUUUUGUUUAUGACAACAGUCGGUAAAGCAACUUAUCACAUAAUAACCAAUGAUGAAAUGAUAGGUUGAGAUUUGCUUUGACUAUACUACCUAGACAGUUUAGCUACAUGUACCAAUGUAAUACUUUUGUUGUGUCUCAGUUUGCAGGGAUGCACUAUGCCACCUGGCAAGAAAUUCCCUGCAAUGUUGCCUUAAUCUUGUUUUACAAAGCCUAUAAUUAACUUGAACAUACCUUAAAACUGGUUUGGUUCAAUGAAAUACGGUCACUGUUAGUUGUAAUAUGAUUUCACAAAUGAACUGUAAAUAAAUAAUCCAUAAAGAAGUUG